AUUCUGUCUUUCACUUUGCUUAAUUUUAUCAGAGAUGGGGGUAAGUUUUGAUUUUGCUGAGAUCGCCGGCGUUUAUUAAUGAGGCGGGUGUACGGUAGUCGGAGGAGUCUGAUGCCGAUUGACGAGGACAUCGAUUCGCCUCUUAAAUGCCGAGAGCGGCGCCGUCGUAGGAUCGAGAUGAGGAGGAGGUUGGCUUCAGUUACCGCUGUCGCCGGAGCGGAUAACUGGGAAGCUCAAAAGUUUGCGGCGUUGGAGAAGGAGAAUGAGGAUAAGAACGCCGUGCCAUCGUCGUCCUCUGCUCCGAUCACGAGCUUGACUAGCAAUAAGGAAACGCCGGCGUCACCGGCGUACGGGUUUAUGUCUGUGGUUGGUAGGGCGCGUGUAAUGGAGGACGAGAUAUCGGUUCGGACGAACUUAUGCCGGCCGGAGAUAAACGAUCACGGGCCAGUGCAUUUCUUCGCUGUUUUCGACGGUCACGGAGGGCAUCACGUGUCGGCAUUAUGCAAGGAGAAGAUGCAUGUGAUCAUGGAGGAGGAGCUGAUGCGCGUGAAAGCCACGGGAGGUGAAGUGGAGGAGCUAUGGCGGAGUGCGAUUAACCGGAGUUUUGAGAGGAUGGAUGAGAUGGCGAAGUCGUUAUGUCAAUGCGAUGGGCUAGAAAACUCGCGGGUGUGUAGAUUUCAUCCACAAUUGUCUCUGGUAGGAUCGACGGCGGUGGUGUCGCUUUUGACACCGGAAUACAUAAUCGUGGCAAACUGCGGUGACUCACGCGCCGUCCUCUGCCAUAACGGGAAGGCCGUACCCCUCUCCGUUGACCACAAGCCUGAGCGGGAAGACGAACGAUCAAGAAUUGAAGGUUUGGGAGGUCAAAUUGUUUUUGCAGCAAAUGGAGCACGAGUUGAAGGCGUUCUUGCUAUGUCUCGAGCAAUAGGGGACAGACUUCUAAAACACGUGGUAACAUGGGAACCGGAGUACUCAUUCAGGAAAAGAAAUGGUGGGGAUACGAGCCUGAUAUUAGCGAGCGAUGGUUUGUGGGACGUUUUGUCAAAUGAGAUGAGUUGUGAGGUAGUGCGUAAGUGUCAACAAGAGGAUCAUGAAGCUGUAUCAGCAUCAGCAUCAGCGGCUGCUUUACUGGUACGUCUUGCUGUGGGACGUCGGAGCAGUGAUAACAUCAGCGUCGUAGUUGUUGAUUUGAGAGACUAAUCGACCAAUUGAACCGAGUGCUGGUAUGAAGUUUGUCAUGUUAUGUACAUGUUUGGUUUAAUUUGGACGUUUUGGAAGGGUAGCAUUAAUUAAUUAGCAUGCAUGUCUUAGUUAAUUAAGAAAGUUGGUAUAAAAUAGGCAGAUAGGUUUCAGUUCGAUUUGUAUUAAGAAGCAAUUAAUGAAGCAAUAGC